CCGGGGACGGUCUGCGGCUCGAGCCCAAAGUUGAGAAUAUGGCGGCGGAGGAGCGACGGACCGGCUCCGGGCUCCGGGGGAGGCUGGUGGCGGUCGCUGUCGGCUCUGGGAGAUUCCUGACGUGGGGCGUCAUGUUGGUGCUGUGUGUGUCGGUGUGCGGGUGGCCCGGUGCCCAGGGCAAGGAAUGUGAGAAGCGGUGUGUCCACGGGAACUGCAGCGCAGCGGGCGGACAGUGCGUGUGUCAAGCCGGCUGGGUCGGGGAGCUGUGUCAGCACUGCGGCGGCAGGUUCAAUAGGACUUGGAUCACAAAAAAGCUAACUUACAGGUACAGCAAGCAAUUAGAAAGGGAAGAGACAUGUUGACCUUCACUGAAAGGGAAUUGAAGUGCCAGGAUGAAGGUACCUCGCGAAACAAUUGUUCAGAGCUUUGGUGGGACCACGUCUGGAGUACUAUGUUUAGUUUCCAUACUUACAGAAGAGCGUAUUUGCAUUGGAGGUGGAACA